UAUUAGCACCUCGCUGGGGGCUGCAGAGUCCUGGAUGUGACCUGAUUUGUCAAUUCGAUAACUUCACUCAAGUGUCGCUACUCCAGGGAAUCAUUGGCUUUCUAAUUCAGCAAUCAUGGCUUGGAUAGGAGACUUGCUGUUUCAUGUUUCGUUGAAAGAAAAUUGAGGUUUGCCAGGGUUUUCCAGCAUGUUUGGGAAGAAGAAGAAACGGCUGGAGAUCUCAGCUCCGUCUAACUUUGAGCACCGGGUCCACACGGGCUUCGACCCGCGGGAGCAGAAGUUCACCGGUCUGCCGCAGCAAUGGCAGAGCCUCCUGGCAGACACUGCAAACCGCCCUAAGCCCAUGGUGGACCCCUCCUACAUCACCCCCAUCCAGCUGGCACCCAUGAAGAUAUCUCCCAAGAAUGUCCGGUCAUCCGAAACGCCGUUGCCCAAAACCAUUGUUCGAGGGAACCGGCCCCCCAAAGAUUCUUCCAUCAACGGCCUGCUGGAGGAUUUCGACAACAUCUCAGUAACGCGAUCCAACUCCCUGCGUAAAGAGAGCCCACCGGGCCCCCACCAGGCUGGAGGCACCUCCAAACCCUCCGGCAGUGGUCACCCCAACGCCCCCGAGGAGAACGGAUUCAACCAUUACUACUCCCGCUACUCCUGUGACCUGGACACUUCCAGCAGGGACUUCUCUCUUGACCCCGGCAAGCCAAGCUUCUCUAUAGAUGGGGACUGGGCCGCUGGGAGGCACUAUCGAUUCACCAAGCAGAAUGGUCACUCGUACCCCAUACGCAGCCCCUUCUACCCGGACGCCAUGCCCCAAAAAUCAGACUAUGGCAAGCUUCCCCCAGACUACCACACCUACUUGGAGAGCAAAGGGCGCUCAGCUGAUGAGGUGGCCUCCACGGUGGGGAGUGGUGUGGGCUCCAGUGGGUACUAUCGGGCGUCUGUGGGGGGCUCUUCUAGCCAGGACUACCGGGACACUUCAGUGGGCACGCCAUCUCGUGCCUCACUACACAGCGAGCAGAUCAAUUACCCAGACAGUGAGUGGAGCUACGGCGGCGUAAGGGACGAAUACGAGAAGCGGCCUAAGAGUUCCUAUGUGGCGCAGACUAGCCCCACGCCUGCUAUACGGCAGCGGUCUAGGUCAGGAUCUGGGCUGCAGGAGCCAAAUGUCCCCUAUGCUGCCAGUGGGGCUUUCAAGAACCCUGCACAAUCACAUCCUUACAGCUCCUACACCUACCCCCGCCUUUCAGAGAGUCUCGCUAACUCACAGACCUUAACCAAGGGUGAAUACGAGCGUCCCGCACGUGACGGCAGUCCCCAGGUUACGGGUGGUGACACGUACCCCAGAGGGCCCCUAAAACAACCUCAGAGCCACAUGAAGCCACCUGGCUACCCUCCAGUACACCUGCCAUAUCCUCCUGUCUUUCACCAUUACAAACCUUCACCCUACCAUCACCCCCCCUCCCAGCCCAGCCCACCAUACACCCCUCAGUUUCCUGUGUGUGUCUUAACACAGGGUGCGUACUCACAGCCUUCAUCACCCUACAUCCCCCCGGGGGCCUACCCGCCUCCUUCCUGGGGGUCCAGCUCCGACACACAGCCCUCCAGAGUCUCCCAUGAGCAGUUCAGGGCUGCUCUUCAGCUGGUGGUCAACCCAGGUGACCCUCGGGAAUACCUGGACAGCUUUAUCAAAAUCGGAGAGGGCUCCACGGGUAUUGUGUGCAUAGCCAGCGAGAAACACAGCGGCAAGCAGGUGGCUGUGAAGAAGAUGGACCUCAGGAAACAGCAGAGGAGAGAGCUGCUCUUUAAUGAGGUUGUGAUCAUGAGGGACUACCAUCACGAGAACGUGGUGGACAUGUACAACAGCUACCUGGUGGGGGACGAGCUGUGGGUCGUCAUGGAAUUCCUCGAGGGAGGGGCACUCACUGACAUUGUGACUCACACCAGGAUGAACGAGGAGCAGAUUGCUACAGUGUGUCUGUCGGUGCUGAGGGCUCUGUCCUACCUGCACACACAGGGCGUCAUCCACCGAGACAUCAAGAGCGACUCCAUUCUCCUGACCAGCGAUGGCAGAAUCAAGCUAUCAGACUUCGGCUUUUGUGCCCAAGUUUCCAAAGAGGUGCCCAAGAGGAAGUCCCUGGUGGGCACGCCCUACUGGAUGGCCCCCGAGGUCAUCUCUAGACUGCCUUACGGGACUGAGGUGGACAUCUGGUCUUUAGGCAUCAUGGUUAUCGAGAUGGUGGACGGAGAGCCCCCCUACUUUAACGAACCCCCUCUGCAGGCCAUGAGGAGGAUACGAGACAACCUGCCCCCCCGGCUAAAAGAGUCCCACAAGGUGUCCUCUGUGCUGCGCUCCUUCCUGGACCUGAUGCUGGUGCGGGAGCCUUCGCAGAGAGCCACGGCCCAGGAGCUCCUCCAGCACUCCUUCCUCAAGAUGUCCGGACCCCCUUCCUGCAUCGUGCCCCUCAUGAGACACUAUCGCCACCGCUGAACUGCUGCUGGCCCCAAAACCUGCCCUGUUCUACACUAAAAAACACACACAUACACACACUAGCAGGGUGGCACUGCCCUCACCCAGCCAUCCACCCCCAGCGCUCGGUGGCGCGCCACUAACACUCACACCUGUUACCGUGAAGUAGAUUAGCUAGAGGAACAUUUGAGAAAUUACAUUUAAAAAACAGACAAUGGAGAAAAGAAGACAAAAGUCUUGUUGAAACUGAACUGGAGUAGAAGAGUAACUCGCUGGACGUCCAGUAGAAGCGUGUGGGCUUGCUCGCCCUGCUGCAGUCUUCUCUCUUCCUUCACUUUGAAGUCUGCAGCUCCAUGUAGAGUUGUAGAAGCCAUCAGCAAGAGCUUCAGAGGGCUGUGCUGAUCUGCUGACGUAGUGGAGGUCUCCGCUCCAGACCAGAGCAGUGGAGGGCAGAACAAUCAUCUGUGCUAGAGAGGGCUCUGACUGGUAAUGACUGUUGUACGGCUGCUGCUCAAACAGAGACCACCUCUCUCGUAUCGCUCCUCAUACACUAACAGUGAAAAUGUAUUUUAGAGAAACUUGUAAGUUUUUCUGUACAGUUUUGAUAAUUUGCAGUAUUUUAUCGUGUCGUAACCAUUGUGAUAUGAGCAGUAUUAAAUAGAGUUUCUGCAGAGAU